CGGACAAGUAUUUACGGAAAACAUGCAUGAGCAACUCAUGAAGGCCGUCGAAGGCUCAUGAACGCCUUUCUGCUGACAUUGCCCCACCUUUCGCUGCAUGCCCAAGGGUGAGCGGCACACACCCGAAAUACCAGCACCCGUCAGACUAAUCAACCACCCACUGUUCAUCCUCAGGCACUCCGGAAACGGAUCGGAGCCACGAUGCUACCGCCACUCCCGCUUGAGAUCUGGACCAAGAUCCUCAGUUGCGACGUAGACCCUCGCUACCUACCCCGCACAUGGCUCAAUUGCCGGCGUGUGUCUCGUGCCUUCAAGGCCGCCACGGAGAUGGCAUUCGUCGACGUCUACCUGCCUCGGAUGACCAUAUGCGUCGAGCUGUCGGAGAUGAUAGAGCUCGUUUAUGGCGGUCUGUCGGUCGACCGCCAGUUUGUGACCCUCAAACAGUCCCUAGACGAUCAGGAUGGCGCCCCAUCGCGGAUCUCGGAGAGCACAAAAAGGCAGUGGCGCGAACAGCUCAGCCGUACGUGGACAAAGGAGCAUUACCGCUACGUCGAUCUGAUUCAGAAGGGCUCACCGAGUAUCCUAUAUCACAUCUGGCUCGAGGGCUAUGUCGAGGACCCGGGUUUCCCGGACUUAAGUGUGGACAUUGAGAAGAGGACACUGGCGUUCCGGUGGAAGCCCAUGCUGAGCAACAUGUUCGGCGAGAUCGAGUACCGAAAAUGGUUCUUGCGCAAGGAUGUGGAGAGGGGCAACUCGCUUCGUUUCAGACGCGGCAAGCUGGGACAGCUGAGGAACUCGGACGCCGCGCGAGUGAUGGCGGUUGAGCUACACGUCCGGAGGAUACGGCUUCGCAACGGCGCUUGGGACCUGUCGUCUACCAACGAGAAACGACAAACAUGGCAGGUGAGUGCAUUGCAAGCAUUCCGCUCAGAUGACGAGAUGGGGCAGGGUGAAGAACAAGGUUGGGGGACGUUUUACGAUGAGGUCAGACCCAGAUUUCCGGCACAGGCGAUAUAUUGAAGAAUAUGGAAAGCAUUCGAUUCAAUAUAGGUAAUUAACAUGAUCGACAUCAAAGGUACUCAAAUUUUCAAUUUAUGGCAAUCCUGUUGCGUCAUGCACCCCUUCAUUUUCUACCGACGCUCACAAUUGGUUGAUCACUGCAAACGAGAUAUCUCGUUGGGGGUCGCACUAUUCAUAAGCUUCUCUCUAGUUCAAAUGGAUCCAUCAGCAGAUUUGCUUGGAUAGUCACUGAUCCUGGCUUUUUCGGAGUCCCACAGCGCUGCCAGAACCACUCUUUUACCCACCCAUGGGCGUCGAGAGUGCAU